AUGUCCGAGUCAGCGGUAGCCGAGACCACAUAUUUCCACACCCUCAAUGCGCGGCCAUACUUCUUUCCCCUGGAAACUCGCGACGGGCGGCUCGCAGAUGUAAUCUCACAAUUGAUGAAGCUGCCUGCGGAAAUCCGAUGGGAAGUCUUUGCACACGCUUUCAAUGGUAACCGGGUCGCCGUGACCGCAAAGUCGGGCUGCUACUGCUUCUCGGACGCGACGGGGCCUUACCGCGCAGACCACCAGUGGCUGCUGAGGUCUGCGCCGCCAGGCCAAGUGAGACGUGAGGCUCAGCAUGUCUUUAUCCAGAUGGCCAUGUGGGAGCUCCAUUGCCAGCAAGCGCUGCACUCGUUCGUGAACAGGAUGAACGCCCUGCACAGUCUGAGCCACGUGCGCCACGUGCGACUGAAUGUCUUUGAACUCGAGGCGACGUGGGAACUCAACCUGGACAAAUUCCCCAAUCUACAGACGGCGACGUUCGCGCCGAACCCCAAGGGCUGGACGAUCACCAUUCCCGAGCAGGCGGGCUCGGACCAGCUCUCGGACGCGAAUGUCAUGUUGCACGUGUGGCAGGUGCUGGAGUCCAGGGAUGGAUACGGCCCGGUGCUGGAGGCAUUCAACCAGAAGACCCGCCGCCGCGCCUAUAGCAUGUUCUUCGUCUUCCCCAUCCAGUUCCACUUGGCAGAAACAUCGCGGGACGGGUCGCCCCGAUGGCAAUUGAGUGUCUGGAGAGCGAAUAUGGAUACCGGGACGAUCGAGCGCAACUGGCGAGAGGUUCAUCUUGUUCAGGAAGCGACGCUGGAUUGA